AUGAUUCAUAUCAGGUUCAUUCGAUUAUCAAGUUUCAGCAAAAUCAAAAGGUCAAUCAUUUUUCUACUAUUUGGGGCAGUCGGUGCUGUUCUCUUGCUUCUCUUUCUAAUUGUCAGAGAAAUUCAUUCGAAAUAUUUCGCUUCCCGUUUAAUUCUCGGAAGUGUAGUUCUCCUGUGGUCUGUCGCCUUCGCUGUUGCAUUUACACCGUUUGAUAUGCCAUACGGAUGGAUAUUGCUAAUUACGACAGACUAUGAUACUCUCCAUUCUGUCAACAGUUCUAUUUGGGUUAUUUUUAGUCAUACUAAUGUUCAUCUUCGUUUCGUGCGUCCCAGUAUUCUUUUACGCCAGAAAAAACUAAUCGUUGGUCACAAAUAA